UUAGGUACCAUCAACCUGGUGCUACCCCGAAUGGAGCCUGACAGCAGCUCUCACUCCGAAGGCCAAGGAGCUGGGAGGAGAGGACUGGAUGUUUUCCUUACGAAAAGCCGUGGUCCACAGCCCUCCGUGUCGGGGUGCCGCGUCAUACCACCCACCGCUGUCUUCUGCUGUCCUACUCGUCUACUCUUCCAAGUUUUGGGGAUGCAGCUGGUGAAGAAGACAAAGAGGAGAUCUACAGCCUUUGACCCCUCUGGUCAACAUGGCCUAAGCUGGGAGGCUCUCCUGUGUGCUUUAGUGGAAGCAGCUGGUCAGGAGGAGGCCUUAAAAGGGGAGAGCCGCGAGGCAGAUGCAGCUGUGGAAGCGAGCGGCCUGAAGAGCCAAGGGGCUGGGAGUGGAACCGAGAGUGACGAGGAAGAUGAAGAUGCAGGCUUCCUGCUGGCCAUGCUGGAGCAAGAGAACCUGCCCAAGUCCCCAGUGUACAGCCAGACAGCACCCUGUCAUGAUGCAGGGAAACAGGAAUUGGAGGCCAUCAGGCUGAAGCUGUGGGCCAUGGAACAUGCUGCGGCCCUGCCGGAGCCACCCUAUGCACUGAGAAAGGCCACAGAGGAAGAGGGGACUGAGGUCAGACAGCUGCUGAGCCCUGAGACCAUGGGCUGCUGCUUCCCUGGGACCUCCAAGGAGAAGGUGGAGGCUGACCACAGAUCUGUCUAUGUGGGCAAUGUAGACUAUGGAGGCUCGGCUGCUGAGCUGGAGGCCUACUUCAGCCACUGCGGGAAGAUUCACCGGGUCACCAUCCUGUGCGACAAGUUCUCUGGACACCCAAAGGGCUACGCCUAUAUAGAAUUUGCUUCUCAGAGCGCUGUGCAGGCUGCCGUGGAGCUGGAUGAGAGCACCUUUCGAGGUCGGAUCAUCAAGGUACUUCCCAAAAGGACGAACUUCCCAGGAAUCAGCUCUACAGAUCGUGGUGGGCUGCGGACACACUCGGGCAGCAGAGCCCAGCCCCUCCUGCACAGUAGCCUGCAUCGAAAGCCUCGGUUCAGACUCCAUGGACCCAGCCGGGGCCGUGGACGGGUCUCACCAUGGUUCUCACCAUAUUAAAAGGAUGGCCCAGUUUUGAAAGUGGGGCCAGGAGCUGGGUCAGGAGUAAACAGCAGUCUUUCUACUUAACUGCAAACUGGCCUUUGAGCCCGUCAGCCCACAAGUGCCUUUGAAGGUGGCCUAGACCCCCAGGUCACA